GGGUACAUUUAUGAUAUUUAUCGAACGAGAAAUCGCCAGAGCGCUAGUGUGGUCGCCAUUUAUUCCAGUGCUUCGCGACGAAUAGUUUUAAUUGUGAUUAAAAAUGUCUCCAGAUGUAAUUUAUUUUAUAUUACUUCUCAGUCCAGUUUUAUCGAGAACUUUACCGCGUUUCGAGGAAUUGGAUGAAGACGAGCAACACCUAUUCCGAGCUGCUUACGACGCGCCAUCUUACAAUCAACAGGAGUAUGGAGAAGAAGACCUUUCAAUUGGGAAAUUAGAUCUCGUUAAGGAUGGUCUAUGGAUGCUAAAGGCUAAGGUCAAGGAGUUAAAAGCUUUCGACAAAGCCUUAGCAGCAAAUAUGUUAGCUACUAAAUUAAAACUGAAGGAAUUGCUCAAGAAACAGUUGGUAGUUGCGAAGAAACCUCAUUACGAAAAGCCCAGUUACAAUUACCAGGCACCAAGUUAUCAGGCACCAGCGUACCCACAGCAACAGUACGAGCCACAGUACCCCGCCCCACAGUACGCAGUACCCCAGACCCCACAGUACGCGGUACCCCAGGCCCCUCAGCCACAAUACGCUCAUGAUCCUUACUAUGGACACUAAAUCUUGUACUACCCCUGUAAUGCCUACAGUAUAUACCAAAAUUAUUUUUUAGUCUCUAAAAUAUCAAAUAAGUACUCUCUCUACAUUCUUUUGUUUAAAGAAAAAGAGUUGAAAUAUGCAACAAAUAAUUUUCCAUGUUUUUUUAAUUGUUAUUAAUUUAUAAAUAUAUAUACAACGCAUUAAACAUUAUUUUAUAACAA